AUGAGUUCCAACGAUGACAAUGGCAAUGGCAACGACCAAACGGGAGGCGACCACAACGAGGGGCACGGUUCGACCCUGACCGUGCGGGAAAGCCAGGACGAGAAUACCGAGGAGGGUAGCCCGUUCGUUCCUACCGAAUGCAUGUGCAAUUCUGAUGAAAUGGUUGCCACGCAGUCGGGAGACGAUAGUCUAGUUCCGCCGCCAGCGCAACGACCUGUCCACUCUGAACAGUCUGGGUGGGAAGAUGCUGGUACAAAAGUUUCAAUGGUGGUGGGCGACGGCGAUACGUUUGCUGCCGCCAAAGUGGUGGUGAGCACUCAAGAACCCACGCUGCAUCGGGGGAAAGUAGUAAUGAUGGACAUUAGAGCUGCCACACCAGCACAACAGGCCAUGACGGACUUGGAGGAGGGAAAACCUGAUGACUUCCCAAAUGCUGGCAAUCUGCAACAAAAACAGCCCACGACACAACAAACAACGAUGCAAACAGCAGAAGAUGUCGAGACAUUCCACGCCCUCAUUGUCGGUGAAAUUCAACCACUGCCCACGGACGACGCCAUUGGGAGUGGUCGUCCCGGUGCAUUCCCUGUGGCGGGAACGCCCCACGAAAGACUCCGACCGUCAAACCUGUCCGAGACUGUACUAGACAUACAAGAAGAAGAAGAACCAGCUGUCAUUGAGGGUGCUGUGUUGGUGUCUGGGGAAGAAGCCAAUGAAUUUACAGACCUAGAAGAUACAAGCGUUACCGUUGCUUGGGAAGAACCAGCAGAAGUACUGGAAGGCAAGAUACUACCCGAGAGGAGUGGUGCGGAUGCAACAGUACCUGGCCAUUUCUGUCUCUUACACAAGCGCACUAUAGCCAUUGUCGCAGUGGUGCUAUUGUUGUUGGGCAUUCUCUUGAGUCUCUUGUCGACCUCACUGCUUCCUUCAUCUAGCUGUGAAAUGUUGACAAAAGGCACUUCUUGUCACCGCAACCAGACAGACUCCACGACAACCGCCAUAGUCUUUGAACCUUUUCGACCAAACUUGCCACCCUCUGUGAUUACUGGAAUCCAGGAGAUUGCAAGUCCCUACUACCUGGCCAAUGCCUGGAUGCAGCAAGAUCCACACUUGCAUACAUACUCUGAUAAUAGGCAAAUGCAGAGAUUCAAAAUGGCCCUGUGUUACCAUGCUUUGGGCGGGCCCCUCUGGUACCAAAACGAUCAUUGGUUGUCCUACACAGUGCCAGAGUGUGAGUGGUUUACAAAACACAAUGCUACAGAGGAACCGAUUUGCAAUGAAAACCACGAACUUGUCAUUUUCAACAUGACAUCCAACAACAUGACGGGCCAGUUCUUUCAGAGCACAAACUUGAACUGGCCCAAUGUACGUGUUUAUGAUAUCUCCUUUAACAACCUGUAUGGAUCUCCACCCGCAAUGGUCAGUGCUGGUGCCAGCAACUUGGAAGUCUUGGUGAUUAGUCACAAUCAAUUCCAUGGUAAAUUGUCCGCUGGGGGAGGUUUCUCUGCCUUCAAUUUGAGGGUUGUUAAACUGGACAGCAAUCGACUGUUCGGCUACCAACCAAUGGUGUACCUCUUGCUUCCCAAAUUGGAAAUUCUGAAUAUCAGUGGGAACUUGUACGGCAGAGAAAUCACCACCUACCUCAAGCAUUGCAAGAACCUAACCUACCUUGGUGUAGCCGACAAUGUCUUCACAGGGGCUAUCCCAUCUGAGCUGGGUUUGCUGACUCAUCUUCAGAGCAUUGAUGUUUCUGGCAAUGCAGAGGUGGAUGGAGUGGUACCAACUGAACUGGGACUGUUGCCCAACUUGAGUACACUGAACAUUGAUGGAACAGCCAUACAUGGUGAUAUUCCAGAGUCUCUUUGUUCUAGGAUUGACAAUGAAUCUGAACCAGCUUCUGAGAUGAUUUCAGCCACUUCUGAUAGGAUGACAUUGAAAGUCAAGGCCAACUGCAGCCAAGUUCAGUGUUGCUUCUGA